CCUACCAUCCAUCAUACAGAAAUUUACACUCAGUAUUAGACAAAGAUGAGAGUACGGUGGUUGAGUGUUUCAGCCACAAUGGCCAUCCUUCUCUCCAUAGCCUCCCUUCCUCUUCUUACCCAAAACACCAUUAAUAAUUGCACCACCUUCUCCUCCUCCUUCUCAAAUUUUUUGAAGAUUUUUCGAAGUAAAACUGUACAAAGAGGAGUGGCAGAUUUGAUUGUGACCAAUGGAACCAUUUUCACCAGUGAUGAUUCUCUGCCGUUUGCUCAAUCCAUGGCCAUUCGCAGCGGUCGAAUUAUUCAAGUUGGUGACUACUCUUCUGUCCAGGAUUUGGCUGGACCGGGCACUCGGGAGUUAAAUCUUGAGGGCAAAAUGGUGGUUCCUGGAUUUAUUGAUUCCCACGUGCACUUAAUUUCUGGAGGAUUACAGAUGGCACGUGUAGAGCUUCAUGAUGUAAAAAGUAAAGAUCAUUUUGUGGACAAAGUGAAGGAAGCUGUAGCAAAUAUGAAACAAGGAUCUUGGUUAUUGGGUGGAGGAUGGAAUAAUGACUUCUGGGGAGGAGAACUGCCAAUGGCUUCUUGGAUUGAUGAUAUUACACCCCAUAAUCCUGUCUGGCUGUCAAGGAUAGAUGGCCACAUGGGCUUGGCUAACUCUUUAGCACUAAAACUUGCGGGGACAUCUAGUUACAUGAAUGAUCCAGAUGGUGGAGCUAUUAUUAGAAACAGUAAUGGGGAAGCUACAGGCUUAUUGGUUGACUCUACAAUGAAACUGAUCACGUCAUGCAUUCCAGAAGUCUCAGUAGAUGUGAGAAGGGAAGCUCUUAUGAGAGCUAGCAAUCUUGCAUUAAUGAGGGGUGUGACAACAGUUGUUGAUGUUGGGAGAUAUUUUCCUGGUUCAUCAACAGAAACCUCAUGGGAAGAUUUUUCAGAUGUGUAUACUUGGGCUGAUUUGGUUGGAAAGAUGUUGAUCAGAGUCUGCUUAUUCUUUCCAAUAGAAACAUGGGCACGUUUACGUGAUUUAAAAUAUAAGGCAGGCCCUAAGCUUAGUGAAAAGAUAUACUUGGGUGGCGUAAAGGCUUUUGCUGAUGGAUCAUUGGGGUCAAGUAGUGCGCUUUUCCAUGAGCCUUAUGUUGAUGAACCUCAUAAUUCUGGUCUAGAAGUAGCAGAUAUUAAUAGUCUACAUGGAAUGACUGUUUCAGCAGAUAAAGCUGGCCUUCAGGUUGCCAUACAUGCAAUAGGUGACAAGGCAAAUGCCUUGAUAUUGGACAUGUAUGCAUCAGUGGUCUCUCACAAUGGGUUCAGGGACAGAAGGUUUAGGAUUGAACAUGCUCAGCAUUUGGUGCCUGGUAUGGCAUCCCGAUUUAGUGAACAAGCUAUUAUUGCUUCAGUUCAGCCUGAUCACAUGCUGGAUGAUGCUGAUUCUGCAAUAAAGAAACUUGGGAUAGAGAGAGCAACAAAAGGAUCUUAUGUUUUCCAGUCACUUCUUGCCAGUGGUACAAAGUUGGCAUUUGGCUCCGAUUGGCCGGUUGCAGAUAUUAAUCCUUUAGGAAGCAUAAGGACAGCAAUGAAAAGAAUACCUUCUGGUUGGCACGAGGCUUGGUCAUCAUCAGAGUGCAUGAAUCUGAGUGAUGCAUUAAAAGCAUAUACCAUAUGGGCUGCUCAUGGAUGUUUUCUUGAUAAAGAUGUUGGAUCAGUAUCUCCCGGAAAAUUGGCAGAUUUCGUGGUACUAUCAACUGAUUCAUGGGAUGAAUUUUCAAGAGAAGGAUCUGCUUAUGUUGAGGCAACAUAUAUGGGUGGCAUCAGGGCAUUUCCAUGAAUUUCUUGAUUAUGUGCAUGAAGGAAACUGUAAAUGUCAAAUACCUGAUGGAUCUCAAAUUCUUUUUCCAUCUUAUGGACGAUUUCAGUGGGGCAAGUUAAGCUUUGUGACAGGAGCCGAUAUCAGUGUAUGAACGAUAUCAGAAGGCAAAGGUAACAGCCUCAGGUGGGUACCUCGCUGCAGUCAGUGGCUAGGUUAGGAAUUAGUUCGUUUUAGAAGGAUUGAAUUUAGUGGUGAUAAAUGACACGAACCUAAAACUUUCGGAUUGAUCUGAUAUAGCCUGAAACAUAAUUUUAAUUUACUAAUUUACCAU